CUGCAUUCGAUUGCCGGCUGACGAUGGCGGAGCUGCGCGACGCGUACAAAGCCAUCAAGCUCCUCCAAGAUGCGCUUAGCAAGUCCAAGGCCGACACAGCAUCUCUGCGCAACCACUUCAAGGCGCAGCUCGAGCAGUACCAACUGCAAGUGCACGCGCUCCGCGACGAGCUGGCGGCCAAGCCUCUGGACGAGACCAAGUCCAUGCCAUGCCAACACCAUGGCCUUGGCAUUGAAGCUGCCGAGCGCAAGCAUGCGAUCGAAGUUCAAGCUUUGCGAGAUGAGCUUGCGCUUGCGCAUCGGUACCGCGAAGAGGCGCUAGCGGAGCUCGCGCAAUGCCGCGCCACCUUGGUCGCGCACCAGAACGCGAGUCAGAACAGCCUCAAGGAGCGCCAGGCGACGCACGAGGCUGAGGUCCUCGGUCUGCAGCAAACCAACGCGAUUGUACUCCUGGAAAAGCACGUGCUCCAAGACGAAGUGACGACGCUUCGGACUGUCGUGGCCGGCCACGUAGCGUCCAAGGAGGCUCUUGAAGACCACACGCGGCUGCUGCUUCUACAGCAGCAUACGCUGCAAGAGCAGCUAGCGCUGACCCUCGAAGACCGAGAUGCUGUACGGCGAGUUUCGGACGCGCUGCAGUCGCAAGUGCAGUCCCUCAAGCAGGAGCUGGACGCGGUAGCCCAGCACGACCAAAAGCAAGCACAUCGCAUAGAGUUGCAAGAUGCGUCGAGUGUCAUGACCGAGACGGACAAGGUCUUUUCAGACGUUCCAGCGACGCUGGCGGCCCUCCUGCGCGAGAAGGUGAAGCUGCAAAGCGACGUGGCCGCACUCCGAGCGUUCACACACGACCACGUCCAGACGACGCUGGCGAGCGUCCAAGCACACCUUUGCAAGGAGUGGGCGGCCUUCCAACUCGCGCAGGUAGCACCACUCAAGACCAUGGCGGCCGACUUGUGCACCAAGGUCGAAGGCCUCGAGCAUGCCAAGGUGGAGACGGCGACGUCGCUGCGCGCCCAGUGGAAGACACUUCGUGCUUUUUGCCAAGCAGAGCUUGCGGCGUUCGCAGAAGAGCAGAGCGAUGCCAUGGUCUACGUCGUUGCUCAAGUCGCCAACCUACAAGCGUCCCGAUCACCUUCGACCGCCCCAGAGCUCGUCGACGACACGACAGGUCUCGACGCAAACGCGCCGUGGUCGACCUGUGUGCCAACACUACUCGAGGUUGUGGGGCCUUUCCAGAAGCUCGUCCAGUGCCUCUCCCAGCUGCAGAGCCUUCUCAAGACGAUGGCGCAUCAUGGUCGUGCGCUCGAAGACUGGUCCGACGCGGUGACACACGAGCGUAUCUGGUCGAUGGUGUUGCUGGCCCAGCGCCUCGUGUCGACGGCACCGCCCCACGCCCUUGGAGAGACCGUCGCCGCGUGCCACCGCGCCGUGCACGACCAGUUGUAUGGAUGGCACGAGGUCCAGAGCAAUUAUGUGGGACCAACUCCUGUCUUUGGCAUCCACUCGCCCGAGGUCGACCACAUCAUGACGAGCUGGAGUGCGAGCGUCGCCGAGCAGCAAGCCGCCAAGCUAUGGCUCUCGUACGUUGCGACGGGUGACAUUGACGGCCACGAGGAAAGCAGUCACUUUCGCUUCCGGAGCCUUAGCGACGACGUCAAGGACGCCUUCCUGGUCCUCAUUGUGCCCGUGCUCAAGCAGCGCCAAGGCGACCACCUCCACGUGCGCCUCCGACGCCACCGACCGUCCACGGUCAGCGACGAGACGCGCUGGGAUCUGCUCUUGGAGGUAGGUGCGCUCAUGCGCCAGAGCCUCUCAAGCGAAAGCGACGAUCCUGUCCCGCCAUCCAAGGAGGCACCGUCGAAGCUUUUCCUCGCGAUUCAGCGCCGCCUCACCGAGCUCCAGCAGCACCCGUAGUAAGAUCUUAGUAUGCAUAACGUCGACUUGGU